AAAUGGGUGAGGUGGAAGACACGGUGGGGGUUGUGUGAGGUCUGGCCAGUUGAUAAUAACCGUAGGUGUUAAGUUCCAAGAUAGAAGAGGUGGCAGAAGGAAGGCUGGUGGGGAGAAGGGAUCUUAGACGAGGGGACACUCAGGGGUGGUCAGCGGGUGAGGAGUGUUGAGCUGAGGUCCAGGGCCAGGCAGAGAACCGGCAGCGUGGGGGGGCUCACUAGGCAGAUGGGCUAAGGUGUGAGGCUAGUAUAAAAAGUGAAGCAGGGGCCAGAUGGCGGUGAGGAUGAAUCUGGUUAGGGAGGCACCUCAGAAAUGAGGCCAGCAUAGACUGAGGGUGGACCCAGAGUGGAAGGGUACCCAGGGAGGGAACCCCACAGUGAGGCCAGAGGCUGGUCACAGGGCACCCUCCAUGAGGGAAGCCUCUCCCUCGCGGUCGCUGGAGCCAUGCUAUCCCGCAAGGGCAUCAUCCCUGAGGAGUAUGUGCUGACGCGGUUAGCAGAGGACCCUGCGGAGCCCCGGUACCGGGCCCGGGAGCGGAAGGCCCGCUUCGUGUCCAAGAAGGGCAACUGCAAUGUGGCCCACAAGAACAUCCGGGAGCAGGGCCGCUUCCUGCAGGACGUAUUCACCACGCUGGUGGACCUCAAGUGGCCGCACACACUGCUUAUCUUCACCAUGUCCUUCCUGUGCAGCUGGCUGCUCUUUGCCAUGGUCUGGUGGCUCAUCGCAUUCGCCCACGGUGACCUGGCUACGGGUGACCUGGCGCCCGGAGAGGGCGCCACGGUGCCCUGCGUCACCAGCAUCCACUCUUUUUCAUCUGCCUUCCUCUUCUCCAUUGAAGUCCAAGUGACCAUUGGUUUCGGCGGGCGCAUGGUGACUGAAGAGUGUCCUCUAGCCAUCCUGAUCCUCAUUGUGCAGAACAUCGUGGGGCUCAUGAUCAAUGCCAUCAUGCUGGGCUGCAUCUUCAUGAAGACUUCCCAGGCCCACCGGCGGGCUGAGACCCUCAUCUUCAGCAAGCACGCAGUCAUCGCUCUGCGCCAUGGCCGCCUCUGCUUCAUGCUGCGCGUGGGCGACCUCCGCAAAAGCAUGAUCAUCAGCGCCACCAUCCGCAUGCAGGUGGUGCGCAAGACCACCAGCCCCGAGGGCGAGGUGGUGCCCCUCCACCAGGUGGACAUCCCCAUGGAGAACGGUGUGGGCGGCAACAGCAUCUUCCUGGUGGCUCCCCUCAUCAUCUACCACAUCAUUGAUUCCAACAGCCCACUCUACGACCUGGCACCUAGUGACCUGCACCACCAUCAGGACCUCGAGAUCAUUGUCAUCCUGGAAGGCGUGGUGGAAACCACAGGCAUCACCACCCAAGCCCGUACCUCCUACCUGGCCGAUGAGAUCCUGUGGGGUCAGCGCUUUGUACCCAUUGUGACUGAGGAGGAUGGCCGCUACGCCGUGGACUACUCCAAGUUUGGCAACACCAUCAAAGUGCCCACACCACCCUGCACAGCCCGCCAGCUUGAUGAGGACCACAGCCUACUGGAUGCCUUGACCCUUGCUUCGGCCCGUGGGCCACUGCGUAAGCGCAGCGUGGCCAUGGCCAAGGCCAAGCCCAGGUUUAGCAUCUCUCCGGAUUCCCUGUCCUGAGCCAUGGCCCCCUGCGUGCCCACCGCACACGUGUGCACAUGGGCAGUGUGGUAUGGUAUGUAGAAUGGACAUGGUGUGGCCCUCUUGGCCAGGCCAGGGCCUGGUGUGAGGCUGGGCCCUCCGCAGUUCAGCCUCCCCGCUGCUGCUCGCCCAGGGUGUGGCAAGGCAUUGUCACUACCUAUUUAUGGCCUCAGCUGGAGCCUGUACUGGGUUAUUUUUGUUCCUGCUUCUCCCAGCCCCAACUCAGGACUGGCUGGUCCCCUUCACCGGACCCAAGGCUGGGGAAACUGUGGGAAGUGGCAGGCCCUAAAGCUGGCGGGUCUGCUACUCUUGGGGGUCCCCUGAUCAACUGGCCACAAGCUGGGCAGAUGGCUGGGGGAGAACAGUCCCCAGGUUGGGGGCCUGCUGCUGUGUGUUUCUAUGGCCCCAGGAGAUGCCUAUGGUCAGGACUUGGCCACCCUUAGUCCCUGAAAACAUGAUGAGCUAAAGAGUGGGCCCGGCCAGCCCGGGAGGGCAGUCAGUGAGGGAGCAUAUUCCAGCUGGAAGAUCGGAAGUGUGGAGCCUGCACAGGCAGGGACAGCCUGAGGCUGAAGGACCCCUUCCAUGGGGCGGGCUCCAGCAGGGAGGAAAAAGCAUGAGGACGCUCAGCUUUGCUGAGUCCUGCUCAGGCACAGGGAAAGGGAGAUGGGCCCUGUGCUCCUGCCCUUUGUGGGCUGCGGCUGCUGAGACUGCCUAUUCCCAUCGUGUCCCCAACCUCCAUGGGUAGGGGUGGGCUGGGGCAGACACUGGCAUGCCAAACAGAAAGAGGCUGAGGAGAAGGGUGUCCUGGGCCCACCAUGCUCAGCGGGCCUCAGACCAAAUCGAGGUAUUGGCUCCCCACCAGCGGCUGCCACUCACUCUGUCCAGAGGUUGAUCAUGGCUGGUCUGUGUGUUGCUAGAAAAGGAGAUGUUGGAAAGCUCAAGGUGGUGGGGGGUGAGCAAGGUCCCUGAGGUGAAGAGGUCCUUGUCCCUGAUGGGCUUGACCCCAAGCCUGGACUCUUGAGCAGUGUUGUGUGUACUUGCUCAUAAUCCUGCCUUCUCCCUUGUCAAUAAAGCCUCCCUCCUUCAUGACCUAAA